AACUUCUUCCUCUAUUUCUUGUGCUGAGAACCACGUUGAGUCUCUCUUCCCCUUCUGCGUAAAGACUCAGGGUUCGAAUCAAGAUGAAGAAUUUCUCAAUUUUCAUCUUCUCUGUUCUUCUGCUUUCUGCGUUUUUCGAUUUGGGUCUUUGCCGAGGAGACGACUUCCUGCGGAUGAAACUCGGGGGUUAUAACGAUUGCGAGGGCGCCCAAAACAGUGCCGAGAUCGAAAGCCUUGCGCGGUUUGCUGUUCAGGAGCACAACAAGAAAGAGAAUACCUUGCUUGAGUUUGCAAGGGUAUUAAUGGCAAAGGAACAGGUGGUUGCUGGCAAAAUCUACCAUCUUACUAUGGAAGUGAUUGAUGGGGGUAAGGAGAAGAUAUAUGAAGCCAAAAUAUGGGUAAAGCCAUGGAUGAACUUUAAGCAGUUGCAGGAAUUCAAGCAUGCAGAGGUUGGCCCUGCCUCUACCACCACUUCAGCCCUUGGUGUUAAAACAGGUUAUUGAAGGCUAUAAAAAUAUUCGUGCUUCUGAAGUUGAGGGCAAUAAGGAUGAGAACAUGUACUUACAUAUAUUGACUGCACAUGUAUUAGUGUGAUGUGAGAUACAAGGAAUUUAUAUCUACAUAUUGUAAGGCCUACUAACUGCCCCAGCUAUAUCCAACAUUAUACACAAUAUGAUCUGUUGUAUAUAAACAGUAAUUUAUGUUUAAAAUGAAACAGUGUGUGCCCAUGGCCAAUGUAAAUGAUGUUGAAAGUAAGAAAGUUGUUAUUCAUAA